AUGGAUGUGCAGUCGGAGAGUAGCGAAACCCCGCCGUGCGAUCCCCAGCCUCCUGGAAAAAUCAGAAAAGCCUUCAAGCUGUUUGGGAAGCGCAAGCCAGGCAGCAUCUUCUCUAUACGUGGCAAAGGCGAGGGGAACAACAAGUCACCUAUCGACAGGAGCAAGACAGUGGACGGAUUAACAGAGUCCACGGCAGCAGAGUCGGAGCUCGAGAAGGACAAGGAGCCGGAGAAGGAGCAGGAACCAGAGGUGAGUCAGAGAGAGGAGCAGGAACCAGAGGAGGAGCCCCUGGGUGAUGAUGGAGAUCCCUCCAUCCCUUCUGCCGGCCAUCCCUCCACCUCCUCAAUGACCUCCGCCAAAUCCCUCAGCUUCCUGAUGAAGCUGCAGCGCAGCCGGCAAGGAGGAGCAGACCGAAGGUUCCAUACAGAGUCUCAGCCAACUGUACGCCAGCGUCGGGGCUUGAAGGGUCUCUUCGGCAGUAUGGGAUGGAACCAGCGAGAGGAGGCCAGCGAUGAGGCCGAUACCCCUCCGAGCCCCCUCCUCAUGUCGUCCCGUACAAACAGCGUGGAGAUCAUCAAGGAGGACAUUACUUUCACCUCCAGACCUGCGCCUCACAUCCUGGAUGUCCCAGAACCUGAACCUGGACAAGAGUCCCCUGUUUCAUCCAAAAGCCCCACAGUGCAGGAGAGCUCAGCCUCUAGCCCACCAGAGACAACGGCUCUCUCAGCGGCUACAUACAGUGUCACUGGAUCUAAUGAGGAUGUACCACCGCCUCUGCCCACCACUGAACCACCACCCUUGGAUCCUGCUGUGGAUCGUCUGAGGUUGCUGCUUGCAGACAUCUCCUCUCUGAUAAGCUUUGACUCACUGACCGGAUGUGGAGACAUCACUGCUGAAGUGGAGGCAGAGUGGGGCAAAGCCAGCACCACUGUCGGAACCGGACCUGGGACCAAGGGAGCUGUGGUUGUGGAGGGUGGUGAGCGCAAUGCCUCUCUGAAUAGAGGAGAGGACAUGACGAGUCGAAACGGCAUGGAUGUGUGGGGUGCCAGGAACAAUUCACCCAAUAGAGAAGAGAAACUCCAUGUUACACAGAAUGAGACACACAUGGUCCCCCAGGGGCCCCCCACAGAGAAGAAGACGCCCCCAGUGAGGGAAGCAUGGCUCAGUAAGAUCCCUGUCUGCGGUGGAGGCAGGGUGGGCAAGUUGCCACUCCGUGAGAGUCAGCCCACUGACAACAAGGGGAGCUGGGACCCACCUAUUACAGGGCACGAAGAGGGGAGUCAACGCCCUAGCCUACGGAACGGAGUCAGCAAGGACACAAUUAGUAACUCCUCUGCUGAAGCUGAAGUUGAGGCCAGCCUACCCCCUGUAAAACACAGCCCGGAAGAGAGUCGCCACCUCCGCCAACCCACAGUCUACAGAAGUAUCCCCCGUGACUCCAAGAUCCCUGUCAAGCUGGGAGUCCAGUCCAAUAUCCCUGUCCCCCAAGGAACUAAGGAGCCCCCGCGCUCCAAGAUACCUUUGUCCAAGGUUCCUGUCCGCAGGAUCGGCAAUAAGCUCACAGCCACCACAGCUGCCAGCGCGCAAAUCAGAAAAUAA